UUAUUUCGAUGCAGUACAUCGUGAAGUACUUUCUGCACUCGAGUGAUAUAUGGGACUCAGUUAGAUGGAUCAAUAAUGAUUUUAGACACAGAAAAUGCGUCACAGAAUUCUACCGCCAUAUAAUGCGCGUGUAUAUGCACAUUUGAUUUACGUUCUGCCACGCUACGUAAGCGGUGUCGAAACCAUUUAGAACCCUGUACGAAGCUUAUGCCUUAGUUAUUUAGGACAUUCCGAGAGUUAAUAGAGUCAAAAGCAAGCGGAAAUAAAUAGUGACGAUUACAGGUUAGGUGCCUAGACGCAUAAUGUAUUCCCUAUGCUUAGAAAGCUAUAAAUUAUCAAUCGCGCUCAUAUUCCGAAUCAGAAUACAGGUCUGUACAAACCGCGUUUGAUUGUUGUUUGGCAACAAUAGCAGACGCUCCCAUGGUCACUCUGUCUAUGAAAAAGAUCGACUGCAAGAACUGCAGUCAGCGUGUGUAUGACGAUAGAGACAACAUUGCAAAUGAAUCGCCAUUUAUAUUCGGCGAAUGGUCAUAUAAUCAAGAGUGUUUAAUUCAAAUUUUGCCAGGGUUGAGUGCUUAAUGCGUGAUUCAAAGUUUUCUUAAAUCAUUUAAUUUAUUGACCUGAGACAUGACAGCAGCGCAAACUGUAUCGGACUCCAGAAAAUAUUGGUCUUGUUUGUUUAGAGACGGUGAGUCUUUAAACGUUGUCGAGCGUCCUCCAGAGGACAUCAUCCAUGAAGGACAAACAUUUGCCUCCUUCGAAGCUUUAGAAGAAGCUGUGCGCGAAUUUGAACGGGCGACGCUACAAAAGUAUUUCAAAAGCGAAGCCAGAACUUUGGUAUCCGCAGCCAAGAAGGGUAUUAAAAGAGCCGGAGACAACGGAUCUUUCAAGUAUUACUCUUGCCUCUGGCUUUGUGUUAGAGGAGGAAAGUCAUUCUGCAGGAGCCGUGGCGAAAGGAAAUCCAGGACAAUUCGGAUAGGCUGUCCAGCUUUGAUCCGCACGCGAAUAUCAAACUGUGGUCGUGCAUUUCGCGUCGUACAGGUCAUCUACGGGCAUAACCAUGGCGCAUCGCCAGAGGUGUUUCACCAGCUUCAGACAAAACAGGCCGGGGUGAAGCAUGACGACCCCCAGAAGAAGUCAAAGUACAUCAAGAAAAAAUCACGACUAAAAGACAAUGCUCAGGCACAACUACGAGAACUGCUCAGCACUGUAACGGGUGAAGGAAAUGAAUUAAGCCUCGAAGAAUCCGUCGACAAAAUUUCUCAGCUUUAUGCCGAUGACCUUACAGUUGCUGUCGACGACACCAAUCAGUGCGUGGGAUUAUCGCUCUGUACAGCUCAGAUGCGAGCCCUUUGGCGGGACUUCCCGGAAUUGUUAACAAUCGAAUCCUCAUCGUAUGUUGAAUCGCUUGACUUGGCUAAUGUUGUACACUUUCUUGUUGCGGAUGCUAUGGGAGAACUUCGACCCGUAAUGUUUGCAAUACUGAUAAAGUCGGAAAGUACUCUGUACGAGUGGCUGCUCCAAGAGUUUGUUCGCCAACAUCCGACAGCACCGACAUGCACGCAGAUUUGCCUUGUGGGCCGGCCGUACACUGAGUUCCAUUUCGUCGAAGAAAUUUUUCCGGCAACACAGGUUCUCUGGGAUCCGUCACAGAGUAUCAACACUUUCCGUAUCAGGGUAGCUGCAAAGGCAGUGCAUCUUAGCGAAGCGGGUCGACGUGCGGCAACAGAACACUUUCAGAAACUCGUGUUCUGCCGAUCAGCAGAAAUGAAGCGUGUUCUUCGCGAGGAUUUCGCUGCUGCUCUGGCGGUUCCCGAAGCAGUUCAGGCCUGUUACGAUCACGAGUGGGAGCCUAACUACGCUUUGUGGAAUAUGAGCCGGCACCCAUACGACGACGCUCAGCACGAGUAUGUGCUGAAACGAAUGCAGAAGUUGAGGCGCUAUUCUCGGGCUAUUGUACAAAAUGCUGCAGCAAAUAUGUAUGCUGUAUUUACGAAAAUAGCUGAUCUCUAUUCGUUGCUCGAUGAUCUGUACAAAGGCGAUCUUCUCUAUCAUAUUGUUAAAGUAAACCAAAGCCGCUACCAGCCAAAAACAUCAGUCGACGAGGCAGAGUUCAAGUAUAAAGCUCUGGUAACCGAAUUUGCCUACAUGUAUCUUAAAGGCCAAUUCAGCAUAUUUGAACGAGGUCUUAAACUUAUGGAAUGUACACGAAUGGUAACGUUUACUCGAGUUGGCGACCGGGAAAUUAAGGUGUCCACCUCGAAAGAUUCGUGCACCUGUAUGGCGUAUAAGGUCCUUCGUUUGCCCUGUGCUCAUCUGCUCUCAUUUAGGAUCGGGUCACAGUUGGAUUUGUAUUCUGAGGACCUUGUGGACGAGCGGUGGAAACGGAACAAUAUACGUGUGGAAGGCGAUGCAGACACAUUGGUUCGUUUGCCGUUAGCUGCCAUUGAUUCUGAUACGACUGAACAGCAAAAUAGUUGCGAAAUAAAAGACGUGCAAGAUCUAGAAGUGCAGAUCAUACAGGAGGUGGAUCAGCCUGAAGCAACUCAAGGAGAGCAAAUGUCGAUUGAGGCACCGUCUGGUAGCGAAGAGUUAUCGUGCGGUGCUACAGAUGAGCAGGCAUUGCCGGGUGAUAUUCAAGUCAAUGAAGUUCAGGAAGUGGUCCAUGGGGACCAGACACCAGCAGAAGACGGCUCCCCAGCACAGGAAACUCCUUCUUCAACAGCAGCGACCGACUCAAGAGACCAAAUUUUGCCGUCAUCAGCCGGUCCUUCAGGUCACAAUAAGAAAGCAUCGUCAACUGAGCUCAAACAUCAAAUGGACGGAAGAAGGCCUCGACAUAAAGAUGCCUCAGGAAGUGCCCUUACCAGAGCACCCCGGCAAUACCGCGAAAGAAGAAAAAAGAUUGAAGAACUCUGUGCCGAACUUUGUGCAGUUGGAUCUGGAGUUUGGGGAUCUCUUUUUUCACUUAGAAUGGGUGUUCUUCGCGAUAUACUAGAAGCGUGGCAGGACGGUGAAGAGGUGUGCGUUCAGCGCGUCCACUACGAAUCAGCUUCAGACGGCCGGCUUCCUCAGCAGCUGCAGUCUCAUGAACAAACUCAGCAUCCUGUACGGGAUGGAAAUGCAGGCCAGCUCGUUGCCGUGUUGGAUUCGGCAAGCUCUGCUUCAGUUUCUUCCUACGUAUCGGAUCAACAAGCGACUCGUUCAGGGACUCCGACAGUGUUACGCUACAACCCAAUCGUACAGGUAAAAGGUUCACAGCAGAUGUACUUCGUAAAUUCGGACGAUAACAGCGUACAACUAGUCGAUAAUUAUCCUAACCAGAUGUACACAAUCGACGCGGCGGAUGAUCCAGGCGACGAUAUGCUAAUGCAAUAAAAGUUUUUAUCAGCAAGUCGAAAAGAACCUUAUCAGAUCAUUCAGUAAAUCAUCACAUCAGUAAAUAGGCAGAGUAAAGGCUGAUAUAAUUGUUGCAAAGAAGCGUAGGUUUACAAUGAAUUCGUUUAGUCUAUGCAGUGCGGCGGCUGCAUUUGCUGACCGUUUGAUAAGCAGAUGUGUUAUUGAUUUGAUGAUAUUUCCUAGUAUUUCUUUUGUUAUCCAUAUGGAUGUUUAA